AUGGACAACGCAUCCGAAGACGAAUUUAGCGAUUCUGGAUCUGAAUCUUUCGUCCAGCGAAAUAUUCCUUCAAUUGAAUCCAAGGAAAUUUGUCUUGACACCGUUGAGAAUUGGAUAACACAUCGUGAGGAGACUGUGAUGCGCAUCGAUCAAUUCGUUCAAAGCAAUCACGUGAUAUUUGUUCGCGCUCCCCCGUUCACAGGAAAAACCUCAUUAUGUAUCUUGCUUGAGAAAUACUACAGAAAGAAAGGAACAUUCGUGACACAUAUUUGUUUCCUGGGUGUAGAAGACAUGCCUUUCGAGGAAUUUUGGGUGAAUGAAACGGGAAAAAGUUGGAAAUACUGGUUAGAUUCUAAACACG